CGCCACGCGACCAGUCCGCACGUAGUCCAGAAUAUACGCACUCUCAACUUGCUCUUACUUUAACGUCUAAGUUCAAGUCCAUCCGCCAUCCUAGUAAUUUUAAUCAACGUUCAUAAUUAUUACCACCAUAUCCAAGUGCCUCGGACGUGCUUUCAUUUUUUUUAAAUUUAAAAAAAUACAUAUCAACUGUUCGUCUUAUUCGUGACCGUUCCCAUACGUGUUGAGUGUGAACUGAAGUGUUGAUUAAUUUUAUUGGUCAAGAAAAAAAUAUAAAAAAAAAUGUGGCGUGUAGUGGUCGCGAGAUCAGAUGACAACAGCACUCUGCUGUCAUCAGAAAUAUCGACGAGCACAGUGGGACCGGGUCAUCAUCUGUCAAGUAUACCUGGACCACCUGCAGGUCAUCAUUAUUACCCGACUUAUCCACCGCCUCCUCCCCCACCGCCACCUCAUCACGCAUAUCAAACUCAGCAUGACAUGCGCCAUGAUAUGAGACCCGAUCCUCAUCUCAGACCUGAGCUAAGACACCAAGAGAUGCUGCGACCUGAUUUACAUCAUCGGCAGGAUAUGAGGAAUGACAGCAUGAGACAAGACAUGAGACACGACUUGAAUGUUCAGGGCCACCAUGGGGACAUAAAUGCUGGUGGAAUGAGACAACAGAACCAACAUGAUUUAACUGAGCUGAGACCUAGUCACGAAUUGCCGGAACUUAAAAUUGAUGGACCGGAAUUGAGGAGUCGAAGUGAUUCCCAGCAGCAGCAACAGCAGGGGCAUCAGCAGAGAAAUUUAAAGAGGACUAUGAGUGACUCUGAUUGUGAUGACGUUUUUUCAGAAGAAAGUGGCAAGGAACCUUGCAAUUCACCUGGUGGUGAUUCUUGUCAGCACACAUCUCGCAAGCGUAGACGCGGAAUGAUUGAAAAGAAGCGACGUGAUAGAAUAAAUGCAUCUCUUGGUGAAUUACGGCGUUUAGUACCAGCAGCCGCACGUGAUCCACACUCGGGAAAACUCGAGAAAGCCGAAAUACUACAGCUAACUGUUGAACACCUGAGGACCUUGAGAAAUAAAGGUCCAGAAGGUUAUGACACAACAAAAUUGGCGAUGGAUUACCACGCAGUGGGGUGGGGCGAGUGCGCUGCUGAAGUUGGACGUUAUCUAGUGACAAUGGAAGGCCUUGAUGAGCGCGAUCCUCUGAGAUUACGUUUGCUGUCUCAUCUGCAGAGUUUUCAUCGUGAACACCCGCCUAGUAAUUCAUCAUCGAUUCCACCUACUGGUUCAAUCACCGCGACGUCAACCGGAUCUGUUAAUUACGAAGGAAUGACUGGGGGUAAUGGAAUGCCGGCAGGUACUGGAGUACCUCCGCUUAUUGGAGGGGGUGCCAUCGGCUGGGGACAAUAUCCUGGUCAGUAUCCCCAGCAGCAGCACGGAAAACCUUAUCGACCUUGGGGUGCUGAGUUGGCUUACUAAUAGCAAUAAUAAUAAUAAUUACUACACUGUAAAAAGAGCGGUGUUAAAAAUGGACUCGUUUUAACUCCGCCGGGUGUAAAAAUGAAAUUACACCGGUGUAGGAAGAGUAAUACACCGGUGUUAAAGCGGGGUAACCGGUGUAAAAACGGAGUAAAACCGGUGUAAAAGCGGGGAAAAUUACGUCCGCUUGGAGUAUUAACUUUAAAGAUUAUAAAACACAAAAAAUUUCAGUUCUUUAUGAAAAUUAAUAAAAAUUAUCAUUUAUUAACAAGUAUAGUGAUCGAGUAAGUAAAAAUAUUCACAAAGUAAAAUAUUUUAACACCGGUACAGAAUAUUUACACCGGUGGCGGCGUUAUUUUCACACCGCUUUCGGGGGUAAAUUUAACACCGAUAAUUUUAACACCUACACCGCUUGGACUUACCCCGGUGAUUUUUUACAGUAUAUUAUUGUUGUUACACUAAAAAAUUUGCGGAGAGAACGCGAAUUAAAUUAAGAGCGAAUGACUGUUUAUUUAUUUUAUUCCCUCUAAAAUUUACUCCGAAUGCGGAUUUAAAUAAAAUCCAGAUCACUCCGAAAUCUCUCCGCUGAAAAAACUCCGAAACUUCCCAGUGACGGAGUGAAUUCGAAUUCAAAUAAAAUUUGUAAUCACUCCGAAUUCACUCCCGAUUUUUUCCAGUGUAAGUCUUCGUACAAAAUCUGCUACCAAUAGCACGUGUAUAUAUUUAAAUAUUUUUUUAAGAGUGAUAAUAAUUUUUUAGUCAUAACUUGUACCUAAGUGUGGAGAUUUUUAUUAUUUAUAUUUAAUUAUUAUUAUUAUUUAUAAAUUAUUGUCAGUAAUGAGGCUCUUGUACAGUGUAAUUAAUUAUAAUUUUUUUGUAAAUAUUUAAGCGAGUCUCGGGAUUAAUUUUAGAUAAAUUAUAUAAAUAUAAAUAUA